GAAAUCUUUAUCGAGAUGACUCAGUCAAAAGAGCAAACAAAUUAAAAUAGUCUAAAGAAAGAAAGCAUGUGGCACUAGACGUCAUGGCUUAGGCAGUAGCCUGAAUCCAAUUGGUCAAACUCUGAACAGUAUUUCAUUGCCAUGGUUUACUGCGUGUUGAAUUCCUCAUUACUAAAUGGAUGGCCUCAGUCAAUGACAUCACAGCACUCUUCCAAACCUUUCCCUCUCUUUACUCUGUUCAAAUGAACUCUAUCUGAAUUCUAAACAGAAGAGAGCCCAAGUUGUUCAAGAUCAUCACAAUGAUACAUCUGCUUGAGAAGUGGCAGAGACCAUUGAAUUCAUCGGGCAACAUGGUACUUCUGUUAGUACUUUCAAUACUGGCUUUUGGCGUAUCUUGUACACAAGCUUCUCUGGAAAAUGGAAACAAGAUCAAAUCUAGAACUUUCCUGUCACCUGAGUUCAUGUUGGGGCCAGGAUCAGUUGAGAGCAAAACAUACGAUGAUAUUGACUUCCCGAGAGGUCAUAUCGCUCUCAAGAGUUUUAAUGCCGAGGUAGUUGAUCAGGCUGGGAAUCCUGUAGCUCUUUAUGAAACUUACAUUCACCACUGGCUUGUGGGAAAGUACUAUGAGCAUCGCCCAUCAGGCCGUAAUUUUUCACGAAAUAGUGGGUUGUGCCAGGGUCAAAUUCUUGGACAGUAUUUUGGCCUUGGAUCUGAAACUCGAAAAACAGCUUCACAUAUUCCAGAUCCUUUUGGAAUAGAAAUUGGCAAUCCUGCCGAAAUUCCUGAAGGGUAUCAGGAGAAGUGGUAUCUUGGUAUCCAUGCAAUUGAAACAAGGGGUGUGGAAGAUAGGCUGGGGUGCAUUGAAUGCUGGUGCGAUCUAUAUAACGUCACAAACGAUGAAGAUGGAGACCCCAUUAGGCCAGACUAUAAGGGAGGUUUAUUUUGUUGCUAUGAUCAGACACAGUGCAAAGUCAGACAGGGUUUUCAGGGGGACAAGAGGAGCCUCUACCUGCGAUAUACGGUGAAAUGGAUUGAUUGGGAUAGUUCCACCAUUCCUGUUGAAAUCUUUGUGUUAGAUGUUACUGAUACUGGAAAAAGGCUCCUUGGAUCAACAGGAAUCAGUCCAAAGAAUGGUUGCCAGGUUGAGUAUGCAGUUGAGUCUUGCACUGCUACCGAUGCAGCUGUUAAUGGGUGCAUGGACAUCAAAAGAAAUAGCCUCACCAUGCCAACUGGUGGUUAUGUCAUCUAUGCUGUUGCUCACCAGCAUGCUGGUGGGAUAGGUUCAACUCUGUAUGGACAGGAUGGGAACGUAAUAUGCACUUCGAUACCAAUUUAUGGAAAUGGAAAUGAAGCAGGAAACGAGGAUGGUUACAUUGUAGGAAUGUCCUCCUGUUAUCCCAAACCAGGUUCUGUCAAGUUAACAGCUGGGGAGAAUCUAACUCUGGAAUCUAACUACAACAGCACUAAUAAGCACACAGGAGUCAUGGGGCUCUUCUACAUUUACGUAGCAGAACAAGCACCAAAUGUGACUUUCUCGCAAGCUCGUGUUCAGAUGCAUGAAAGCAUUAAAGUAAAAAAUUACGCUUGGUCAAUUGUGGUUUUCAUUGGACUGGCUUUGACUAUUGCUGUUGCUGUUGCUGUUGCUGUGCAUUCCUGGCUGAAGAAAAGGAGAGAAGGUAGCUACAAACCAGUUCCUAAAUAAGGCUGUAACUUGUGUUGUGUUUCCAUGAGCUGUGUGCUGCAUCUCUACAGCCAGCGCUGUUAUCAUCAUACCAUAUUAUACGAAUGUAUGCUUACUUUAAGCAUAAGCAUUCCAGUCUUUCCCUCGCUAAAACUUUUAUGGCCUGUAAAUGUCAUUUUAGAAUGAGUUGAUGCCGCAAUGCGAUAGCCUUCAUGCAGAGUGGCUUUGAUUUAUACAUUCCCUACUUUGCAA